CCGCUUCAUUAUUAGUUUAGUGUGCCAAGUAGUUCCAGCUCGCUGACAGUCCACCAUGGCUAAAUCAGAAGUUUCUGGUAUGAAGAUGAGGAAUCUUCUUUUUGGGGUUAUUCUUGGACUUCUUGCCGUUGUCCACUCUACACCUGUUGAUACCGUGACCCAGAUUCCCUCCAAAGCUGAGGAUGAAGUCAUCAGAGAGGCGGUGACGGACGGCUUCCUCGUCGAACACCUUUUUACCCCUUCACGCACAACUGAAUCACCCAAAAGAAACACAACCGUCCCAGCAUCCCAGCAGCCGUCUGCUGACUCCAAAUACGGUGACGUGAUUGAAGGCAGUGGGGAUGAGUCCAUGACCUCCUUGUUCCACAAGUUUUUAAGCACAACUCUGAAUUCUACCUUGAGCCCUCAGUCUACGUCCCCAGACCACAUCUCAAGUUCCCAAGCUCCUGACCCCGCUUCUCCCAGUAAUAAUUUAGGGUCUGGAGAUGGACUCCAUGACUUCUCUACAACCUCCAGUAGCACCUCUAGCACUACAUCAUCGACCUCCACGACUGCUUCCCCCGGACCAAAAGCUCCAGUAACGUUUUCAACAGGUGAAGGCUCAGGAUUAGGAUCUGGCGAAGGAUCUGGAUCAAUGAGAUUUCCAAGUAACGAAGGAUCGGGACUGGGGUCGGACGAAAAAUCUGGAUCAGAAAUGGGGAUCACUACAGUGUCAACUACUACCAAAGAGUAUCCAGCUCUCAUGAAUGACCCCUUCGCUGAUGUCAACAAAGCAAAGGCUCCAAGAAUGUUUGUAGAGAGCGACAAAUCAGAUGACGAAUCAGGAUCCGUCUCAGUUUCUACAAAAAUGACAAAAAUGAUAGAAAUGCUUCGGCCUUCAAAAGAUGAUGUCCAAGAGCCACAAAUAGGUGAAACUAGCAAUGGGGAGAUUCAGAACAAAGGUCACAGUACACCAGGUUGGAUCAUCAUCGUCGGUUUUAUCGUUGGCGUUGCAGCUCUGAUAAUGCUGUUUGUUGCCAUCGCCACCAGAGACAAGUAAGACUUUAAAAUCAGUAACAAAAAAAAAAAAAAAAAAA